AAACUUAAACCGCAAUUUCAUCCCAAUCCCUAAUCUCGAAUUUCCUAAUUUCGUCUAGUUCGAGUCACUGCAUCUCUACCAACCCUAACCGAAUCCCUCUUCAUUUAUGCUCUCUCUAGGUACCCUUCAUCUCGUUUGUAUGCCUUUCGUUCGUUUCAGUUUUCACUUUAUGCUAAUUAAAUUUCUCUCUUUUAUUUUCGGUAGCAGCAAGGAACUUCGAUUUCUCGUCCUUGAGGUAUUACGAGUUGCUUCUGAAUCGUUCUUCAUCUUCAUCCAUCCUGAUGUGUGUGUUGUAAGCUUGCCCAACAACUAUUUGUAGAUAUAAAGAUAAAGCUUGUGUAUAUUGAGCAGAAUAUUGAAUUUGAUGUUGAGUGACGACUAGGAUAAACAAUACUGUCAAAGAAAGAAUACAUGGAUUGGAUGGGGAUACUCUCACUAUUUCUUGCUUCCAUACUUGCCUUUUGUUGAACUAAUACCUGCUACUUGAAGAUACCAAAAAGUUGCUACUUUAGUCAUGACAAUAUCAAGAGUAACAAACAAUCUCAAAGAAAUGGUUAUGGUCAAGUUGAGGUGGAAGAUGAGAUAUUCAAGAACAAAAUAGAGUGUGAUGGCCCUUGAUGUAUCAACCUUUGAAAGGUUAAGCCCUUCUCGCUUUAUCACCUUCACAAUACCCCAUCCAACAUGUUUAGAUUCACCACUCCGAGUUGCUGUGCUCGACUCACCACUUCAACCCACUGACUCACCUCGAGUUGGUGCCAUGUUAGUCCCUGAAGGCCGUGAAACUGAUUGGAUCUUCUCUACUGAAUUGGGUCAUCUACAACUUCUCUUCAGUUCUUCAGGAAUAUCACGUUUGAUUUUGAUAGGGAACCAGUUGAAGGAGAGCGCUUUUUCUCCUCGUGUUUAUCAUCGGCCCUUAGAAUGUUCAUUGCAUCAGCAGGGAUUCCAGGUGUGGUCAAAACCUCUUGUUUUAGCCUUGUCUCCCAGAUCUUUGUUUAAAAAUGGCAUUCCUGAGAUACCCAUUUUGAGUUAUGAGGAUAACUUGAUUUCUAGUAUGGUAAUACAUGAAUGUGUUGGUUGUCAUGUUGGUGAAAUGUUGGUUGAAGAUGUUGAAAUUGAAAAUGGGAGUGAUAUUGGGCAUCAUAGAAGGGAAUUUAGGAGGAGGUUGAGGUUCAAGAGGAUGCCUAAUUUGAUUCAAACUGAAAUUCGUAUUAUCCCAGAGACACAUGGUCAUAGUUUGAAUGGUGUAUGCAUUGGUAGUGAUGUGGGGUUUGUGCCUGAUCUUAAGGUUUUGGUGCACCCUUACUUGGCACCUAUGGUAUCUUCUCUUGCAUUGAUUAGUGAAUAUGUAGAGGGCCGGAUCCAGAAUGGGUUUAGACCAAAAGCUUUAUGCCUUGGGGUUGGAGGUGGAGCUUUGCCAACUUUUCUGACAACUCAAUUAGGUUUUGAGGUCAUGGGUGUUGAUAGUGAUAGGGAGGUUUUGAGGGUGGCAAGGCAUUAUUUUGGAUUGAAAGACGGUGGAUUUAUUCAUGUUGUUGUUGGAGAUGCCUUUGAAUCUAUGAAGAAGCUUGCAUGCAAUGAAAAACUGUAUAAUAAGAGUUCUUUUGCUGAUUAUGAGGUUAAUGGUUUUAGUGACCACUUGGCAGAGGAUGUGGCCAAUCAUAAAUUUGAUGUUGUUAUGGUUGAUAUAGAUUCAAGUGAUGUAAGGAACGGUACAAGUUCUCCACCUUUGGAAUUUGUUAGAAAGCAUGUUUUUCUUACUGCUAAAUUAUUUCUUUCUGAAUUUGGGAUUCUUGCUAUUAAUGUCAUUCCUCCAAGCAGGUCCUUCUAUGACAGCAUGGUAAAUCUUUUUCAGGAAGUUUUCCAUGAGCUGUACAAAAUAGAUGUAGGGAAUGGUGAAAAUUUUGUUCUUAUUGCCGCAACAUCACCUCUGGUGUUUUCGGUUGGGGAUUUAGGUAAUUCUUUUCUUAUGAAACUGAAAUCAGUUAUUCCAGAAGCAUACAUAAAUUCCAUAACGAAGAUAUAAUGUCUCACUUGUUGAGGCAAGUACUUUUGAAAUCUCAUUGACCUCUAGGAUCUGCACUCUUAAGAGUAAUAGAUGAUGUGUUAGUAGUUUUGAUACAGUGAUCCAAACCAAAAUGAAGAAUGCUUCUCUCAUGGAUCUAUGCUUCUGUAUAGAGAAUCAUCUUUAAGACUACCGAGCGAACACUGGAAUUACUUCAUAUCAGUGAAAGCAGAGGCAUUGCAACUUGCUUUAGAUCGAAUUGCUACAGUAAGGUAAAAAUACUGUAUUUUAAUUAUUUAUAUCAACUUUAGUUAUUGUGAAAAUUGUACUCAAACUCCAUCUCUGAGAAAGCUUAAUGGCAAGUUGUUUAUAUCUUUCUGUGUACUAGUGAGUUACGUUAGCUUUCAGUUGCCACCAAGUGUGAAUAGGUGAUAUCUUUUUUUUUUAUUUUGUUAUUUUUUAUGAAAUGAAUAGGUGAUAUCUGUGAACAACAUUUUCCAGACUUCGAAACAUAUAAUAGUAAUAAUAAUAAUUGAUAGU